UAUUUUUAGAAAGACAUGGUAUUGAAAACCUUAAGGCCUAAACAACUAAAACAUGAUUACUCUUUCAGAUUGUCGCCGCCGCUACUGGUUGCUUCCCUUUCAGCCUCCCUUUUCCUUAUCGUGUAUUACUCAUCUUCCUUUUCACAUCCCCUCCAGGAGAAAGAAACACUGGUAGUAAAAAGAAUGCCGAUGAAAGUGGUGGACUCGACGGUUUCAACCUUUGACAGCAUCUUUGAGAAAUUCAAAUUGGAUUCGCCCAACAACAGAGCCAAUUUCAUCCUUUUCUUGGCCGAUAAAGACCCGUCUACCUCUCUUAGUUGGUGUCCCGACUGUGUAAGAGCUGAACCUGAUAUAUACAAGAAGCUCGAAGCAACGGACGGGGAUGUUGCGCUGCUGAGAGCUUACGUCGGUGACAGGCCAACAUGGAGGAACCCUCAGCAUCCAUGGCGGGUCGACUCGAUAUUCAAGCUAACCGGAGUCCCGACUUUGAUUCUCUGGGAUUCGAAGAAUCAAGCCGUCGCAGCUCGUCUGGAGGACCAUGAAGCGCACAUCGAACACAAAAUCGAUGCUCUCUCUCCUCCAAAUAAAACCCUACUACUCUCGACAACCAGAAUUUAAUAAAUUUUAGGCUGCUGCGGAUUCUGAAUAAGAUCAUCCUGUCGGCUUCCUGUAUGGAAUGAACAGCCUUCAAGUCUUAGUAUGCGUAAAAGCCUCGUAUAAACUGAAGGUCAAACAAAAUUUAGUUCAUACUGAAGACUGAAAUACAUAUCCUUGGCGU